CCUUCCUCGAGGCAGGGAGCAGCGGGGCGAGGGCUUGGCGCACGGCUCCGACAGCGUGGCUUCCUUCUAGCUGCUUUUCCUUUCCGAAUUCCUAGGCAACGCACCCCGAGGUUUCAGCUGGAGAAAUACCCACGGAUCCUUCCUUCCUCCAGCCGUCCCGCCCCAGCAGCGGCGAACAGACGGAUUCUUCCAAAGAGUAAUAAUUUCAAGGAAACGAAGAAUUGAGAAUCAUUUUGGUGAAUGGAUUCCAAUGUAUGGCAUAAGAAUAAAGUGAAGAUUUGACCCAUUUUGAAGAAACAUACCAUCCACUUGUGUAAUAGAAUACAACAAAAGCUAAAGAAAUGAAUUCAACACUGUUUUCCCAAUUUGAAAAUCAGUCCGUUCACUAUAACAUCUCAGAGAACUCUCCACUUUUGGCCUUUGAAAAAGACGAUUGUCACCUGCCCUUGGCUGUGAUAUUCACUUUGGCUCUUGCUUAUGGGGUUGUGAUUAUUCUUGGGAUCUCUGGGAACCUGGCAUUGAUCAUAAUCAUCCUGAAACAGAAAGAGAUGAGAAAUGUCACCAACAUCCUGAUCGUGAACCUUUCCUUUUCAGACUUGCUAGUUGCCAUCAUGUGUCUCCCCUUCACUUUUGUGUAUACACUGAUGGACCACUGGGUCUUCGGUGAGACCAUGUGCAAACUGAAUCCGUUUGUGCAAUGCGUCUCGAUUACAGUAUCCAUUUUCUCUCUGGUUCUCAUUGCUGUGGAACGGCAUCAGCUAAUCAUCAACCCAAGAGGGUGGAGACCAAAUAACAGACACGCUUACAUAGGCAUUGCUGUCAUUUGGGUCCUUGCAGUGGCUACCUCUCUGCCUUUCCUGAUCUAUCAAAUUCUGACUGAUGAGCCCUUCCAGAAUGUCACACUUGCUGCAUUCAAGGACAAGUUUGUGUGCUUUGACAAAUUUCCAUCGGACUCUCACAGGCUGUCCUACACGACCCUCCUUCUGGUGCUGCAGUAUUUUGGCCCACUCUUCUUCAUAUUCAUAUGCUACUUCAAGAUAUACAUUCGCUUGAAGAGGAGAAACAACAUGAUGGACAAGAUGAGGGACAGCAAAUACAGGUCCAGUGAGACCAAGCGAAUCAACGUCAUGCUGCUGUCCAUCGUAGUCGCGUUUGCGGUCUGCUGGCUGCCUCUUACCAUCUUCAACACUGUGUUCGACUGGAACCACCAGAUCAUUGCUACCUGCAACCACAAUCUACUGUUCCUGCUCUGCCACCUCACGGCCAUGAUCUCCACCUGCGUUAACCCCAUCUUCUAUGGGUUCCUGAACAAAAACUUCCAGAGAGACUUGCAGUUCUUCUUCAACUUUUGCGAUUUCCGGUCUCGAGAUGACGACUACGAGACCAUAGCCAUGUCCACCAUGCAUACGGAUGUAUCCAAGACUUCUUUGAAGCAAGCCAGCCCAGUCGCAUUUAAAAAAAUCAAUAUGGAUGACAGUGAAAAAAUCUGAAGCUGCUUAGAACAUUCAGCCCCAGACAACAUCCGUGAACAGCAAGCACAGCCAGCCACAUGCUUUCACCACCCGUGCUCCCAUGGAUCAGAACAGAAUAAGUCUGGAAACUCCGGGACUGUCUGUGCAUUUUACUGCUUUUGUUAUGCCAUGAUUACUUGGGAUCAACAUAGGUGGACUUUGUAAUCUUCUAGCAACAAUUUUAACUAGACUUGUAUGUGUGUGUGUGUGUGUGUGUGUGUGUGUGUGUGUGUGUGUGUCUGUGUGUCUUUUUGUCUGUCAGUAUACACAUGUAAAGUUAUGCAUAUGACAAAGAUAUUUUUACUGUAUUUAUUGCGGUGAAUUUCUCUGAAGUACUGCCCUGAGCUCACUUUAAAAGCAGUACCCACCUGAUAUUCUCAAGAUAUUGGGCUUUUAUGAUUAGAUGAGAUUUCCAACACCCUGGACUGCCUUUGUACCAUCCCAGGAAGUUACAAGGGUGUUACAAGGGUGACAGUAUACAAAAGUCACCUUGUAGAAUAUGUCUGAGCCAAAAGAAAGUCUGAAGUCAUUCAGCAACAUUUUUUGGAGGAGGGGCUCUUUUUAUUGAGAGGACUGGGUUUGUCACUCCUAAUUGAGUAUCACUUAAGACAAAGAUACGUAAAGCACACAUUUUCAGCUGUGAAUAUCACCGGGAAUUAGCCACCCACCAGAAUGAAGUGGCAAAGAAGUUCCCUAAUUUCAAUUUUUUUCUGACAACCAAAGCAUUUCAUGGUAAUUAAGUUUAAUAAGUAAAUUAGUAUUGCUGCAGAUAAAUUGCAUCCACAAGAAUUGAUCAUCGAGAGGUUUUGCGUCAUUCACAAGUGUGUUCAGCACUGUCAAGCUUUCUAGCACAACCAAGUGACUCUGAGAACAUUUGCAACUCACACUGCAUAGAAAUGUAACAUGCAUUUUCGCAACAACAGUGCCUGCACAGUAACUAGUAUUUAACUCUCACUGUUUAUCGCUCAUGGCAGAGGACACACAGGCAGUGUUAAAGAAUGUUUACCUCAGCUAGCAGGUAUCUAUCUGUACCUAGAAAUUUCGUACAGCCAGCCCAUCCUAACUUGUAUAAACUGUGUGAUGUAUGGAGUUUUAUUAUUGUAUACUAUUAUAUUAUAUAGUACUGACUAGCCAUGCCAUAUUAAUAUAUUUACUUUCACAUAUCUUGUAAUCAUUAUUUAGACUCGGAAAAGAUACCUUCAAGAAGACAGUUUCAUGUAUUAUAUAAAGUGUUGGAUAUGUGUGAUUUUAGAAGGGCAAACACUUUCUGUAUUAAAAUUGU